CCAGCUGCACACACGUCGGGAAGAGUCGUGCGGACGACGUUGUAUAUUAAAGCGAAAGCUUAGUUGUUUUCAGGAGUAAAAAAGUUAAUCUGCGGUUGACUGUUUUUGGAGUAGUACGCUUACUUGGAAAUUCACAAAGUGGUGGGAAAGUUGGGAGACAUGUAGAGACUUUUUGAUCGCCGGUAUUGUAGCUUGACGAUGGAGGAGCCAGCGAUAAGAGAGUUUGAGAUGUCCCUGUCAGACGGUCCCUCUGACGACGACGACGAAUUCCCGUCGACUUUACCCACAGAUGGCAGCCACAGUGGGAGCAUCCGCAAGGGCUGUGAUCCUUUGGCUCAGACUCAGCGCAGUAAGCUGCAGCAUCGACGGGCUCGCAUCAACCAGCAGAUCAACAAGGAGAUGCGUAUGAGAACUGGAGCGGAGAACCUGUUCAGGGCGACAACCAACAACAAGGUGAAGGAGACGGUGGCUCUAGAGCUCAGCUUUGUCAACUCCAACCUGCAGCUGCUCAAAGAGGAGCUGGAGGAACUUAACAGCAGCAUGGACGUCUACCAGACAGACAGUGAGGCUGUCAAUGUUCCAAUGAUCCCACUUGGCUUAAAAGAAACCAAAGAGGUGGAUGUCACUGUUGCUAUCAAGGACUUCAUAUAUGAGCACUACGGGGAGGACAGCUUUCUCUAUGACAAGGAAAUCAAAGAGCUUAUGGAACUUAGACAGGCCAUGCGUACACCCAGUCGAAACCAGGCCGGUCUGGAGCUGCUAAUGGAGUACUACAAUCAGCUGUACUACCUGGAUCAACGCUUCUUCUCUGCUCAGAAGAAUCUGGGUGUUCAUUUCCACUGGUAUGACUCUUUGACUGGCGUUCCAUCGUGUCAGCGUGCGCUGGCCUUCGAGAAGGGAAGUGUGUUGUUCAACAUCGGAGCCCUGUACACGCAGAUCGGAGCACGACAGGACCGCUCUGCAACAGCUGGCAUAGACCGAGCUAUAGAUGCUUUUCAGCGUGCUGCAGGUGCAUUUAAUUAUCUUAAAGAGAAUUUUUCCAACGCUCCAAGUCUGGACAUGAGUAGUCCAUCACUCUGCAUGUUGGUGCGGCUCAUGCUUGCCCAGGUACAGGAGUGUGUGUUUGAGCGCAUCACCCUGACCACACAGGACACGCACUUUACCUCCCAGCUCCGGCUGGCACAGGAGGCUGCACGGGUGUCAGAUGUUUACUUGUUAGUGCAGCAGACUAUGACACAGCCUUUGAUGAAGGACUACGUGCCAUUUUCAUGGGUGUCCAUGGUUCAGGUAAAAUCUGAACACUUCCGCGCUCUCUCCCACUACUACGCUGCUGUUGCACUCUGCGACCACAUGUUGUUGGCAGGAGGGGAGGAAGAGGAGGAGGAAGCUGAGAAGGCCUUCCUUCAGUGCCAUGCCAGUGUUCCUGCUGGGCCACAACUCAGCCAGGUUCUUCAAGAUCCUGAAAAAAGACGAAAACUUGGUAAGGCCCACCUGCGGCGUGCUGUAAUCAGACAUGAGGAGGCCAUGCGUGUCCACAGUCUGUGCAAGAUCCUGAGAAAGAUGGAUAUCCUGCAGGAUGUGCUCUCUGUCACACACAAACGUUCCCUGGACAAAUACUCAGAGCUCGACCGAGAGGACGACUUUGAUGAAAUUGCAGAGGCCCCAGAGAUACAGUCUCAUACCCACCAGAAACCAGACGUCAUUCCACCCAACUUCUCCACAGUCAAGGUUACUGAUAUCUUCCAAAGACUGGGUCCACUGUCAGUGUUCUGUGCGAGGGCUCGCUGGGGCCCGAUGCGUGUGAUCUGCCUGAGUAAGAGAGAAGGAGGACUGGGGCUCACGCUCAGAGGAGACUCUCCUGUCCUGGUGGCUGGAGUGGUGCCUGGAGGCUGGGCAGAGGAGGCUGGACUGAGGGAAGGAGACUACAUAGUAGCAGUAGAUGGAAAGGACUGUAAGUGGGCCAAACAUGGUGAGGUGGUCCACAUGCUGAAGAGCUGCAGUGACAGAGGGGUGGAGAUCAGUGUGGUCACAUUACACUCACAUGAUACACAGCAGGUGGAGAGGAGGGCAGUUAUGCUGUCGCUGUGCAGCGACAAAGAAAACACUCGGCAUCGUCUGCUGUCUGGGGCUAAAGGCCAGAGCUCCGCCUCUUUGCUGAACUGGAACAGGAAGAAAAAGAGGGAAGGCAGCACAAUCACAAAAAGACUUGGAAGCGCUUUCAGUUUGUCGUUCGGAAGCAUCCGAGACACUGAGGCCAUGUACUAAGAGACGACUUCAGAAGAAUCACUCAGGGAAUAGCAGCGGAGCACACGGUACAAGUACAGCAGACACAAAGAAACAGCCUCUCCUGAGUUGAGGAGGUAGGUGAUGAUGCAAAGCUGGGACAAAGGAAAAGAAAAAACAUGUAUAGUCAAGGAACACGUGCUGUGCCAGGUUCUUCUUGCACACUCCAGCAUAUCUGACAUCUUCGUCAGUUAAUCAUUGAAAUGUGAUGUUUAUUACUUUUACCCAUUGUACAAAAGUGAAUUUGAAGUAUCACAGAAUUGUGUCCUGGCAUCUUUCUAACAGAGACUGCGCAGUAGGGAAGUCGAUAGUGGAAAUAUGUCUGUAAUUUCUCACCUGAAGUCACUACUAUGAAGGAUCUGUUUGCAAAUGAGCAGCACAAUAUGGCACUGCCCACAUCCAAGAUACCAUGGCUUCACUUUUUGGGACUGUCUACAUUGUACAGGCCUUGAACAGUGUCCCCAGUUCCUACACUGGGGUAACCUGACUUUGAAUUUAAAUUGCAUGUUUAGGAAGAAUGUGGUGGCAAUGUAUAUAAAGUCAGUAAGUGUGUGAGUAAAUAGAUGCAAAUUUUCCACAGGGCCUAGCAAAGUUACAUUUGUAGAAUUUCAAUGAGCUUUAUGUCAUAUAAGUGCAGUAGCUACAAAAAUAAAAGCACAAAAGUAUAAAGGGAGCAAAAUAACAGAACUGAGGCUUCUUCUUAAUUAAUUUCAAGGCUUUACAAACAUACAUGCUUGCUGUGUUGAAGCUGACAGCUGUACAGUACCCUUCUUUAUGGACACACUUUAAGUGUUCAAGCACUGUACAAUUCUGCCUGAUACAGCUGGCAAAGUUAUUUGGUAA